UCGGACGAACCAUUGGGAUGUAUAUAACAUAGUAAUUAAGAGGUUCUGACAUUAUACGGCAGAAGCUAGACGGGUUUACGUGUGGAGAAAAUUAAUAAAAACUUCUAAGAUGAAAUUCGCACUAUCCUUGGUUAUCCUAUCGGUGCUGGCCUUCAGCGAGGCUGGCCUGCUGAAGGGCCCCUCCUCCAGAGCCAACCUCAACCACGGCUCCAUCCAGCCUGGCGACCGGCUGCUGUACAGAACAUACUUCCAAAGAUAUGGCAUUGCCAACACGGUCCAGACUCAAGACUUUGUCUACCGAGGCAACGUGACCACCAGGAUCAGUGCAGUGGUAGCCCAAGAGGUGGGCUACACCCAGUACGCGAACGCCUGGGUGAUCGCUGGAGGCAGGGGCUUCAACCACGUCACGGUGCGCGCCCAGACUGCUAGGGGAUGGGGAUUCUACUACCUGAUCGACAUUUGGGGGCGAUAGAUACUAACCCUCUCUCUGAUGUUUUGCUGUGCCCUUGCAGGGCGUCACAUGUAUACCUACCUCUAUUUUGUAACACCACUAUAAAUUGUAAUGUGACAUUGGUGACAUGCAAUAAACGUUUUUGAAUUUGAA